AUGGAAUUACCAAGGCUUACUGCCCUUAUUGUAGUUGUUUUCGCUGUAGGAUAUGCGGUAUUCUUUAAGUAUAAGAAUAAGCCAAGUAUCGGCGAAUCUAUUUUAUCGGAUGAAAUUAGUGACGAAUAUGAUUACGUCGUAGUCGGUGGAGGAUUUGCUGGUUCCGUUCUCGCGUCAAGGUUAUCGGAGGACGCAAACUAUAGUGUUCUUCUUCUAGAAGCUGGGGAACACUUUGAUUAUGACCAAAAUAUUCAUAUACCUUCGAUCGCUUUUAACUUUUUAAAGUCAAAUAAUUUCGCAUGGAAUUAUAAAAGCGAAACAGAAAAAGGAAUAUUUCUAGGAUUGAAAGACAAAAGAUCUGGGUCAAGUACGAUAAAUGCUUGUAUGUAUGCGAGAGGCAGUCCGUUUGAUUUUGAGGAAUGGGUAAAGAAGUAUGGCUGCAAAGGCUGGGGUUAUAAUGACCUACUUCCUUAUUUCAAGAAAGCCGAGGAUAUUCAAAUUCCCCGGCUGAAAAUGUCCAAGUAUCACGGAAGUGGUGGACCAAUUGCAGUAUCUAAUGCGUUCUCUAUCCCUCUUGCUAAUUAUUUUAUAAAAGCUGGAAAAGAAAGGGGAUACACGGAGUCCGAUUAUAAUGGGAAAAGCCAGACAGGAUUCAGUCGUGUACAAACUAAUGCUCGGUUUGGAGUUCGAAGUGGUACAGGACUUGAGUAUCUUGGUAAACGUGGUAAAAGAACAAAUCUUGACAUUUCUGUCAACAGUCUCGUUACAAAAAUAAAGACAGAAGAAAAGGUCGCGACAGGUGUUUUCUUCAUCAAGCAUGGACGUAAACAAUUUGUAAAGGCAAAAAGAGACAUAAUAGUUUCAGCAGGUGCAUUCAAUUCACCGCAGUUAUUAAUGUUAUCAGGCAUAGGUCCGAAAACUCACCUCCAAGAUUUAGGCAUACCAGUUGUACAAGACGUACCCGUUGGACAAACAUUUGAUGACCAUAUUAAUAUUGCCAUUUCUGCUAACAUAAACCAAUCCGUCCAUCUUGACAAAGAAAAAGCACGAGGAUUAUGGUCUACAAUAGAAUACACACUGCUUGGAACAGGACCUUUAACCUCUUUAGCUACAGCUGUAGGAUUUCUUCACAUCGACAAGACUAAAAUGGGAAAGGAGAGGCCAGAUAUUAUGAUUAUUUUACUACCAACCACAGAUGAGAACACUCUUGCGAACUACAAUGAGUCAGUUGCAGAGGAGCUUAUUUAUCCUUACAUAAACACGCCUGGAUCUACUGCUUUUGUUUCUUUAUUACACCCAAGGGUAACCGGUUCCGUGCAGUUGCGCAGUACCGAUCCAUUUGACAGCCCACUAUUAGAUACGAAUCAUCUGUCUGACAAGCAAGAUGAAGAUGACCUGUUAGCUGGUAUCCGAAUGUUUGAGGAGCUGAUUUCAACGGACGCAAUGAAAAGCAUUGGUGCGGACAUAAGCAUUAAUCAAGCGUCGUUUUGUUCUCAUUACAAAUUUAGAUCUGAUGAUUUCUGGAGAUGCAUGAUACGGCACAUUGCACAUAAUUUCUACCACUCAACAAGUACGUGUAAAAUGGGGAUGAAAGGUGAUCCAACUGCAGUUGUAGAUUUGGAUCUCAGAAUUAAAGGCAUCAAAAAUCUUCGCGUCUGCGAUGCCUCUGUAUUUCCAGCUGUGACGUCAGCAAAUACGAACGCUCCAACCAUCGCAGUUGCAGAGAAAUUUGCAGAUAUGCUAAAGAAAGAAAGAUAUUAA